AAAACACUUAAUGUAAAAAUUGCAGCUGACGAAAUGUGAAACGUGUGUGUCUUAGACACAUGUCAGAAUCUGUUGGAAAAGAAACGGAAAUACGGAAAUGUUUCUGAUGUUGGUCCUGUUGUUAGGGGUUUUAGUUGUGACUUCAAUUUCAAGGUAAACAGAAACGCUAUCAUCAGGUUUAAGUUGAUGACACAACAGUGCAUGUGAAACAAAAUGAUACCAAAGUUGUUUCAAUGGUUGUUUGGUGUUGGUGCCUUCCUCAGUGUGUGGUUAGCAGUAGUAUUGGAAUAUGUCGGCAUUCAGUCAUCUAGUUCAUUUAAAUCAUUAUUUAUUUUACCACUGCCAUUGAUUGUUCUAGUCUUAUUUGCAAUAUAUUCUUUGGGUGUGAUAAUAUAUCGAGUUGCCAUAUUUAAUAACUGUGAAGAAGCAUCAGAGGAACUUAAAACGCAAAUAGAGGAAGCCAAAGCUGAUUUACAGAAAAAAGGAUUUAAAUUUGAUAACACAUGACUUCACUAAUCACUGAUUAUUUUGUAUAUAAACAAUAUUUAGAAAACUGUACAUAUAAAACUGGAAGAAAUAUUUAUUCCUAUGAUUAAAAUGGAUCUGGUAUAA